UACUUGACAUGAUUCUACACCCACUAAUAAAUAACUUAGUUUAUUCAACAAUUAUAAACAUUAACUAGAUCUGAAAUUUCUCACUGCAAACCAACAAUGGAAGCUCUAAUCUCUCACUUCACUUCACUAUCAGACCAAGCCUUACAGGACAAGAAUUUCGACCCGGCAGCAAUCGAAGAUCUCAUGAAGCUAUUCGAAGUAGAAGCCUACAAAUCAUGGGCAGCAAUGGAAUUAGAGCAACAAAACGAGGUUGAAGAAGCAGAAAAAGCUAUGGAAGAAGCCGAACAGUACGUUGAUUCGGUUAUGGAAAGCGCGAUGGAUGAAUUUAAGCGAUUCGAAGAGGAGAUGGAGAGGAUGGGAAUGGAAGAAUUGGAAAGUUUGGAGAGGAGAGGUGAAAUUGCGAGAAAUUUAGGGGUCGGAAUGGAAAAAGCUGCGACUGUUGCUUCUAAGAGAUAUAUGGAAGCUGCUCUUAAUUCUGCUACUGCUUCCAUGAAAUCUGCUUGGAAAGGUCUUUCUUCUAAAAAAGUUCAUCCUUCUUAAUUUUAAAAAUUUUAAAAAUUGUUCUGCUUAAUUUCUCAAUUUUUAGUUUCUUGUUAAUGUAAUGUGUAUGGUAAAGCCAUAAUAAAAUUAUCUUUGUUAAUAAAUUUGCUUAA